GUUGAUCGUAAUUUGGCGGCUAUCGCGACGUCAACGGUCGCCGCAUUGGUUGGCAACGAACGGAUGCUGGAUGAUAUCUCCUACCUAUUCCGGGAGUUAACGCGGAUGAGAAAAGAACACAAGUCAGCGCCUGCCUCAUGCACGGCAGGACCAGAUCGGGCUAGGAAGAUUCCGCAGUGGGAACUAAGCAAGUCCACAACAUUCGGCGUGGAUAACAACACGUUGGCCGCGGUCUCCUGGUUCCCGCGUCCCCUCGUCGCCAGUCGCGAUCCAAUCGGCGAGGAGGGCACCUUCAUCGCCUUCUGUGGACACGUGAUGCAUGCUGACUGCAAAGAGAAGCCCCCGCCAAGCUCUAAGUUCGUGUGUCCCGUCUGCCAUGCCCUCUCCAAUCUCGAUCUUCCCCUCCUCGGCCGCGUCACAGACGGUCUCAGUCCAGUCUGGCUGUCUCGCCAGUUGGGAGUCGAUCAGAGCAGCUACGAUCUGACCUCCUGGUUGAAGCGACUUCAGAGUUGGUUGGAUGAACGACCGCGCCACCCUGUUCUAACGAGUGAUCCAAAAGCUUUGAGUCAGACGCUGGAUGAGUUAUAUCGUGGACUCCUCGAUUGUUUCUCCUCACUUCUCGAUUUUGCCAAGUUUUUCGGCCUUGGCAUUGAUGACAUCCGGAGCAAAUGCGCAGUAGAUAAGGAUACCAUAGAGCGGCCUGCUCCGGUUGACCGUUUCUCCCAGUCCGUGGAUAAUUUCAGAUUCGGUGUAGCGCGGACUAGGCAACUCGGUCUGUUUGCCGUCUGGUUGGCUGCUUGCGAAUGGCGCACCGUGCGGCAUACUGUGGCCUAUACGCUGGUGGUGUGGGAACGGAAUCUCCGCCGUCAAGGUCCCGCUGUUAACUUCUUCAACGGAGGUCUGAGUGAGCGCCAUAGGACGAGUCUUGGCUACCUGUUGCGAGCCACUUUCCAAGCUCAUGCCCGUUUGGCACCUGUUCCGCGUGGGUGUUUCCCUACUUGUCUGAAGUCUGACGGCGAUGCUGGUCAGCACGCUCGCGCUGAGUGCUGGCCUCAGCGUCGUGAUGACCCAGAAUGGUGGUGGUGGCAUUCAUACUUCUCUCCUGCCGUGUCUGGUGCUACCCAUACGGGCUGUUGUCGGGAUAGUGCCGCAAAACCGGACGAUUUGCUUGAACCCGUUAGUAGGCUUGCCGUGUCGGAGGACGCUGUUCGUCUGUGGAGCCUGCUAUUGCCGGGUCCUCCUGCUCAGAGUGCUUCUAGUACGUCCGAGACCACCGAGGGCAUCGUCUUCACCACGGAGGGGGCGGAUUACUCACUCUCCGCUGGCCCAUCAUCCCCAACUUCUUCAAUGAAGGGUGGCGCGGACAUCACGUUCCUGUUUGUGAAUCUGCUCUUCCUGCGACCGGGUUUGGAGAAAGAGGGUGCCGCUGUGGAGUGUCAGCGCUUGCAAUCUAUGCGGACCAUGCGAACCUCUGAGGUCAAAAGCGACGCUACUGCUGAAGGCAAUGGUCGCAGGCAGGAGACGCCGUUGCCGUCGCUGGCUGCCUGCGAUGAGGGUUUCCCCCGGCUGCCCAUCGGGGACUCCCACGAGGCCUUUCUCCUACGUGUCUGCUACUUGGCUCUCUUGGUGCAGGCUCUGCUUUCCUGGCAGAGCAACGAACAGCAGAAACUGGACUUCACCCAAAAGAACAGUGAUGAGCAGCAGCAGGAGUAUCUUUACUCCGAAACGGAUCCGCAUGUGUCCGCCUGGCUGACCAACGAGGUAGGUCCCUUAAUUAGCCCUUCGGCUUUCUGGGCGGUGAUUGGUUAUUUCCGCAGCUUAUGGUUAUUGUAUACUAUUGCGUACCUAACAAACCUUGAACAAGGCUUUUUGUGCCGAAGACAGACCCUUUUUAGCAAAGCUUCCCUCUACUGA